GCUGUCAGGACACCGACCACAUGAAGCUGCACUUGCCACCGUCACCACGUCUGUCUGACAGUCACACUGCCGGGGUCACCACGCUCACCUGGACACUACGUCGUCAUGGUGCAUUUGGCAUUUAUGUUUGUGGUCAUCGUCCAACACGUUUAUGGAAAUCCUCCUCUGAUUCCUCUGUCAGUCAAAGACGGCUGCUUGCUGGUGUCUACAGAGCUGAACAUUUCGAGAGUGGAGGGCGAGGCCAUAAUCCUCUUCUUCCCCAUGUUUGAGACCGUGCUCCGAGAACACAACAUUGCCCUCCCAACAGCGAAGUACCUCAUCACCAAGGACAACGGGCCAGAGGGCGUGGCCUAUCACAGCGAGGGGCGCGUUCAGCAGCAUAACAAACAACUGUGGUUCCUCCCAGCUCAGGCUUCAGACUCAGGGGAAUAUGUCUGUUCUUACAGAAAUGAAACCUACUGUGUAACUGGGAGUAUCAGGCUGCAGGUGUACGAGUCAAACGCCGUUGACAUGGAGAAAGUGUCGUAUCCAGUCCGAGCCGUGGUCGGAGAGAAUCUGAGACUCUCAUGUCCGUCUCUGAGUCACUUCAACAAGACGGGAAGAUGGAUCGAGUGGCACAAGGACUCCAGUCCCACCUCGCCUCGGCCAGGCAGAGCGAGCUCCUUCAGCCAGAACAGAGGUAAACUCAUAAUCCCCACUGUGAGGCGGUCCCAUGCAGGUGUCUACACCUGUCAGCUCAGAGCGCUAAUCAACGACCAGACUUACAAAGUCAGCAGAACCAUCGUGCUCCAUGUGGAAGAUUGGGAGCCUGAAAUCACUGAACCUGACCUGUCGUCGACCUCUGACCCCGGACCGAUCAGCAGCAGCACUGCCAACACGCCAAUGAUUCGACCUCCUGUGAUUGUGUCCCCGCUGAAUGGCUCCAUCUUUGAGACUUCACAUGGUUCAGCACUGGAGCUGUCGUGUACAGCGCUCACUGAGUGUCAAACAGCUGACUCCACUGUGGUCACAUGGCUGGUCAACUACCAAUCAGUGGAGUCAUCAUACCUCGAUGGGCGUGCUCUGCAGGGAGGAAGGAGGGUAACCAGAGUGUCUGAUGGCUGCCACAUUGAGAUGAGGCUCGUUGUGGUCGAGAUGACAGAACAAGACGUGAAAACGGAGCUGAAGUGUGUCGCUCAGAAUCGAGGAGGGAGACAGGAAGUGGUCGCACAGCUUCAACUAGAAGACUCCACAUUUACAUGGCUGGUGGUAGCUGCAGUGGGCGUGUCCUGCUUCCUGUCUGUGGUCUCUGUCUUCCUGUACGUCCUCUUCAAACCUAAAAGGAAAAAGAAGAUGGAUUACAUCCUGGCUCGACAGAACAGCACCUUCUAACACAGACCCCUUUAAUGUGUUUCAGUAGUCUGUCAUGCACUGUGUGCAUGUGAAUUCAUGCAGUGACAUCACCAGGAUGUGUUCAGGGUCCAACACUCCUUUUACAGAGACUUAAUGUUUGUAAAUCAGCAGCUACAUUCAGCUCCAGUAACGUGCUGUUACUCAGUGUCCGUCAUGUCUUUAUUCUCCACUGAGCAUUACUCAACAAUGUGUUAUCGCUUCAAUAAUGAGGCAUCUGUUUCAUUUAAGUAUUAUUUUACAGCCAUAACUUUUCUUUCAUGGAUCCAUGUCGAAUCUGAGGCAGAAAUAUCCUGCUGGAAUUUAACCCAAAACUAGGCCUAUAUGUGGACAAAUUCAGUUCAGUCUUCUGUAACAUCUGCGUCCACGUGUCCAAUACACAGUUCAAUAUGAGGUCGUUCAAACACUCCAUCAGAUGAUGUGUUCAGUGACCACGUCAGUCCAACACUGUCAGAGACAUUUAUAAAGUCACAAACACAAAGGAGGCAGAUUAUUAGAAACACCUCUCACUGACUCGUUCACAGCAGCAAUUAAUCAGUCAGUUUCCAACUAUUAAAUUAAUCAACUCAUUUGAUAAUUAUUUAAUUUCUCAGACUGAAUAUUUCCUGGUUUCUUUCCUCUGUGACAGUAAACUGAACAUCUGUGAGGACGUCAUUAAGAGAAACAUUUUAUAGAUGAAACAUUUACUGAUUAAUCAAAACAAUUGACAGAUUAAUCAACCAUGGAAAUAAUCGUGUGUUGCAUCCCUCUUACAAACACAGAGACAAUAUUCACACUGGUGGUGAUACCAUCCUGUUGAUAGUCUGAUACCAUCCUGUUGAUAGUCAGAUACCAUCCUGUUGAUAGUCAGAUACCAUCCUGUCGAUGGUCGGAUACCAUCCUGUUGAUAGUCAGAUACCAUCCUGUUUAUAGUCUGAUACCAUCCUGUUGAUGGUCGGAUACCAUCCUGUUGAUAGUCAGAUACCAUCCUGUUUAUAGUCUGAUACCAUCCUGUUGAUAGUCAGAUACCAUCCUGUUGAUAGUCAGAUACCAUCCUGUCGAUAUUCAGAUACCAUCCUGUUGAUAGUCAGAUACCAUCCUAUUUAUAGUCAGAUACCAUCCUGUCGAUAUUCAGAUACCAUCCUGUUGAUAGUCAGAUACCAUCCUAUUUAUAGUCUGAUACCAUCCUGUCGAUAUUCAGAUACCAUCCUGUCGAUAGUCUGAUACCAUCCUGUUGAUAGUCAGAUACCAUCCUGUUGAUAUUCAGGCUCGCAAGCUGCUGUGUUGGACUGCAUUAGAUUUUACAGUAUAUAUUUACAGUUUAUUUUUUAAAAUGCAGUAAAGCUCUCAGGGAAACAUCUUGUACGUUAAAAGUAGAAAGUUAAGUCUGUUUUUAAAUGUCUGACCAUUUAUAUAUCAAAUCUGAAUAAAGGAGUGAUGUGU